GGCUCUCAGUCUAACGUGUUCACAACAAUCCAAGGACUUGUCCAAUGAUGCUGCUUUGGGCUGCUUUGUGCCUAUGGCCUGCCAGCGGGCUCUCAGGCCCACCAGCCGCACAGCCAGCGGUGACCAUCAAGGGUGUGGAUGGCGAGGUGCAAAUGCCCCUCCUGGGCAUUGGCACUUGGCAGUACAACAACAGUGUGGCGAAGAGCGCGGUGGUUUCGGCCUUCGGUUUGGGAUACAGGCACGUGGACACAGCGGCUGCGUACCAGAACCAAGUGGGUGUGGGUGAGGCACUCGCAGAGCUGAAGCUGAAGCGCCAAGAGUUCUUCAUCACAUCAAAGAUUCCUGGAGGCCUCAACGCAUCUGCCACGGCGGCGGCUGCGGACUCUUGCUUGAAGGAGCUGGGCGUAGAUUAUGUAGACUUGAUGCUGAUCCACUUCCCAGCUGACUUUGGCAAGAACGGCUCCAAGAAGGAGAGGCAAGUGGAGUGGACGGCCUUGGAAGCCUGGGCAAAGAGUGGCAAGGCCCGUGCGAUUGGAAUCUCGCACUUCUGCCGGCGGCAGUUGGAUGAUAUUCUGGAGGUGGCCCAUGUGCCGGUGGCCGUGAACCAGGUUCAAUACCAUGUGGGUAUGGGCAGUGCCGGUCGCAUGGCCACGGAUGACAGGGACUACAUGCGGCAGAAGGGCGUCCUCUACCAGUCCUUCUCGCCUCUCUGUGGCCCGUGUAACCCACCCGACAACAAGGAGCUCUUGACAGGUGCCCUGGUCACUGGCAUUGGGAAGAAGUACAAGAAAACAGGACCUCAGGUUGCAUUGCGCUGGCUGGUUCAACAGGGCAUCCCAGUGAUUCCCAAGAGCCAUGUUCCAGAUCACAUGAAGGAGAAUAGCGAGAUUUUUGACUUCGAGCUGAGUGAGCAGGACAUGACCUUGCUCACCAAAGCUCAGCACCCAGCGGUGGGUGGUGGACCAAGUGCCUCUGACAGCGGCGACUGUGGCAUCGAGGAGGAGCUGGUGGUUUGAGCUGACUUGAGCUGAGACGUCUCUGUUUCGAUCGAUUUCGACACCGUUUUCGAGACACUCAGCGAUGAGAAUCUCGUCUUACGGAGAAGCAGAGAAGCUGCCAGCUGCAGCUUCGUGGCCGCUCUUUGCUGCGGUCCCUGUGAUUGAUAGGGCAGGCAGCCGAAGGGCGCGGCCUGGACAUAGCAUGCCUGUUUCGAAGUCAUAUAUGGCCCAACGAAGCUUCAAGUGCUAGGUUGGAGCAUAGUUCAUCCAGGCA